AUGGCAUCUGAAGAAACUAAUUGCUAUAACGAUAAUAAUCAAUUAAUUUCUGAUAAAACUAUCUGUAUUUCUCAUUUGGAUAGUUUUAAGAACAAUAAAAUAAAUGAAAAUAAUAACUCGAUUAAUUUGGAUAUUCAACAACAAUUACACUCUCGAUUAAAGUGUAUUGAACAACUCAUUCUAGAUUUAAAGCUUUCUGAAGAAAAGUAUCAAAAACUUGAAGCGCUUUUUAAUAAAAAAUCUAAGGAAAAUGAAACUUUGCAAGAUGUUCUUGAUGAACAAAUUAAUUUAAAUGUAAAGUUUCAAGAUAACAAUAAAUUAACUAAAUCAUUUGAAGAAAAUUUAAGAGAACAUAAUAACUAUAUUAAUCGUUUAAAUCAAGAACAUAUUGAAUCAAAAGAUGAAGCCUCGAAGUAUAAAUCUGCUAUUAAAGCCUUGGCCGAAAAAGAUGACUUAUUGAAACAACAAAAUGAACAGAUUCAAAAUUUUCAUGAAUUAUUUGAAAAGAAACUUAAUGAACUAAAUGAGUAUUGUAAUUCAAAACAAAAAGAACUCAACAGUCUUCAAAAAACAAACGAGGAAAAUAAUGUUGAAAAAGAAGCAUUCAAAAAACAACUUGAUAAUUUAAAUCAAAUACUUCAAAAUAACGUUGAAACAAUUAAAUCAUUAGAAGAACGUUUAAAAGAAAAAAACAAGGAAAUUAAAGAUCUAGAACAAAAAAAUAUCGUAUUAAUAGGUGAAGCUUCAAAAUAUCAAACUGCUCUUGGAGCUGCGAUUAAUUUACGAUUAUCAGAUUAUGAAUAUAAUUCAGUUACACUUAAAAAUGGUAUUUUAAAUUUACAAGAUUCUUUAGAAGAUUACACCAAUUAUAAGCGUAAUGUAGAAAUUAAUAUUGAAGGAGUGCAAAACCUUUUGAUAAAAUAUGGAAGUCAAACGGUUAUUACGAAAGGACAAAAACCCUUAAUUAAAGCAGUAUUACAACGUCAUGUCGUUGAACAAAUUAUUGUAUAUGCGCAAGAAUAUUUUGAUAAUCAAAACCUUCACCAAGGAAGAUUGUAUGGUAUCGAGACUACCUUAUUCGCAAAAGCUAAUGAAUUGAUAAACUUAAUAGAAAAUUUCGUACAAAAGCGCACUGGAACUGAUGAUGCAACUCAAAUAUCUAUUAAAUUACGUCAACAAAUUUUUGAAGCUCUUGGUAACAGAGGAUUUAAUAAUAUGAUUACCAAUAGUAAAAAAACCAUAAUUCACAAAUUUAUUGAGUAUAAUCAAUCUAAUUUAAAUUCAGAAAUUGGAAAAUAUCGUAUAAUUAAAGAUCCUAAAAAGAAACAAGAAAUCGAAGAAAUGGCUGCUGGCAUUAUUCAAAAAGUAAUCAGUUUAUUUUGGUUUAGAACUAAAACUCAGGAACCAGUUGCUGAAUUUGUUUGGGUUAAUCCUGAUGCUAAAAUAGAUCCUAGUUAUAUGGAAGGAAAGUGGGAAGAUGAUGAAAUCGAUGAUUUGGUUGUAGAUAUUUGUUACUUUCCAACAAUAUCACAAGAAUUCGAUAAUAAGUCAAAACGUAUUUUUACACCCGCUAGAAUCUUUCCAAAAUCUAAAAAGUCAUCAAAAUGA